UGACGAUUCCGACAUUCCUUCUCUAGGCCAUUGACCCAACAUCACUGUCGCCGAUCCUCUCACGAGAACACAACAUGAGACCCUCCGUGCUUCCGCGACAUCUCAGUCGUCGCAUAAGCCCGUCAUCAUCGCGAUCCCUCGCAAACCCGUCGCAGUAUCUCCAACGACCAACGAUACCAUCAUCACCAACCACCAGAACGUCGUAUCUACCAAACCUCGAAGCACUCCGAUCCUUCCAUCUCCCUUCCAUUUCCUCCCUACUCUCAAACAACGGCAACAGCAACAACAAUAACAAUGGCCGCACCCUUACCGCCACCCGCACCCUUCCUUAUGCUCCGGAAUCCCUCUACAAAGUGAUCUCCUCGGUGGAAUCCUACUCCCAAUUCCUCCCCUUCCUCACAGCCUCAACAGUGACCCACCGCGAUCCAGACACAGGGGAUCCCACCCGCGCCUUCCUGACUGUCGGAUACGGACCAUUGAGCGAAACGUUCACGUCUCGGGUCAAUUGCGACCGCAGCCGGUGGAUCGUUGAAGCGCGCAGCGGGGCUAAGUUCGGCAUUAAUUCGAAAGACGGACAGGCGGGUGGGAACUUUCCGGGUGCGAAUGAGGGUAUAUUCGAAUAUUUGAGCACGAAAUGGGAGUUGGUGCCGUUGGAGAGUAAUAAGCCGAUGACGAAAGUUGACUUGGAGAUUCGGUUCGAGUUCCGAAAUCAGUUGCAUGCGGCUAUGAUGAGUGCUGUCGAGGGGCAGAUGGCUGGGGUUAUGAUUGAGGCUUUUGAGAAGAGGAUCAGAGAUGUUGAGGGAAGUAGCUUAGGGUAGUUCCAUGGUCUGGGUUACCUGAAGGAAUCAGGGGUGUUUGCGGGUAUGCGCUACGUGUUGGGGAUGCAUGGGGUUUGCAUUUACAUAUAUGGUGGGCUUUGUGGAGUUUGGUGCAUCUUUACGACUAGAUAUAGAUCGUUACAGCGUCGCGGUGUCUCUAUUUAGAGUCUCAUUCUUUUUU